UACUCGCACCGCCGUCUCCCCCGCCAACGGCGCUCGCACCCUCAGAUCGCUCCAAUCUCACCCGCCGGCCACAGAAACCGCCACCGCAGCUCGCACCGCCAUCUCUCUCUCUCUCUCUCUCUCUCCACCGCAUCUCCUCCACCUCGCCGGCCCAAAAAUCGGAUUUGGCCAAAGUUUAAGCUUAGAUCUAUAUAUAUAUAUAUAUAUAUAUAUAUAGAGAGAGAGAGAGAGAGAGAGAGAGAGAGAGAGAGAGAGAUGCUGAAUUACAGCCACAAGCACGACUUCAAUCUGAAAGUGUCGAGAAGCAGGCAUGACAUAUGUGCCAUUUGCUGGAACACGUUGGGGCGGGGGCUAGAGGCGUACAGCUGCUCCGGCUGCGACUUUUGGAUGGACAAAUCAUGUGUCAAGCUGCAGCCGGAGAUCCGCCACCCAUUCCACCCGCAGCACCCUCUCCGCCUCCUCCCAAAAGCUCCCCACAAUUACACCGAAUACUUGUGCGCCGCUUGUGGGGUUAGGCAAACAAAAACCUCUUACCACUGCUCCAACUGUGAUUUCAGUCUUGAUCUCAGAUGUGCCUCCCUCCAACCACCCAAGACUACUACUACUUCCCGAAUUAUUCAACCAAUCAUUAAUUCCAUACAUCCACACCCUCUAAUCCCCUGCUCCAGCAGUAGCCCCUAUAAUUUUGAUUGCUCUUACUGUUGGCUACCUCUGGAAGGUACAUUUCUAGUUUGCCUCCAUUGCCACUUAUUUCUCCACCAAUCCUGCUUUGAAUUCCCAAAAGAAAUCAGCCACAGCCACCCAAUUGACCAGCACCACCAUCCUUUCACCUUCCAGCGGGAUAGCGGCAACACCUGCAACUUCUGCGACCAGCGCAUCACAAAGGGCUUCAGCUUCCAAUGUAGAAAAUGUCAUAUUUUCCUUGAUUUUCGUUGUGGUUCUCUGAAACCCACCAAAAUAAGCCAUGAUUUGGAGCUGCGGGUCCAAGAUUUCAACCACCCCCAUCCUUUUAUCGCCUUUGAGAACCCCAUGAACUUUCCAUUCUCUUGCCAUUUGUGUGAAUUACCCAUCAUAAAAGAAACCAUCUUUGCUUGCUUCGAAUGCAAGCUGAUCAUGCACAUUUCAUGUGCUCUCUUGCCAAGAGAAAUCAAACGCCACCCAUUUCAUCCUCAACACCCCAUCAAACUCCGCGACGGUACAACUCCGUCUCGUUUCUUCGAAUUCAAAUGUUGGUUGUGUCGAAACUCCAACGAAAUUAACAGGGGGGAAUUUCAAUAUCUAUGUCUUGACUGUAAAUUUGCCAUCCACAGUAGAUGUGCCUUACCGGUGCCACCCGUUGUGAAGAUCCAAACUCACAACCACCCUCUGGCCUUGUUGACCUCUGAGAAAUCCAAAUUAUAUUAUUUUAAAUGCGAUUCUUGCCGUGGCAGGUGCGGAUCGGCGUUCUUCAGGUGCGUAAGCUGCGAGCUUUUCGCUCUCCACGUGGCUUGCAUUCCCAACUUGCCACCCAUUGCCAAGGAUGUGCGUCACAGGCAUCCUCUUAGACUCACAUUUUCACGGAUCCAAGACCGCAUAGGUGAAGAUGAUUGGGACGAGUUUUAUUGUGACAGCUGCGAGGAAAGCAGAGACCUGGAUGAUCCCAUUUACUAUUGCGCUGAGUGCCAGUAUGUUGCUCAUAUUCACUGUCUCGCAUCCGAGGUGAUGAGAUUCCUACAAGAGAAGGAGCAAGAAGAAGAUAAUGCCUCAAUGGAGGAAGCUGAUCAGAAAGAGAUAACACAGAAAGCGGAUCUUGAGAGUAAAGAGGACAAUUCUCCAACGGAAGAAGUUGAGAAAGAGAUAACAGAAUUACGAUGGGAGAUUAACGAACUGGAAGCAAAGCUUGCUGUGUUGAAAAAAGAGGUGAAGGAAUUAGAAACUAAGCUUCCUAUGCUGCGCAAAGAGGAACAAACACUACUAGCACAGUUGAAACUAGUCACAGACAAAUUAGCUGCAUUUUUGGAGAGAUGAUGCAAUUAUAAAAUAGCUUAC